UGAUUUUUUAAUAUCGAAUUUUAUUAGUACAGAACUGUUAGGCCUGCCGAUCGUUCAGUUUAUGAUAGAGCUACAUUGUGGGGAAACCCGGUAGGGCGGCCUGAUCAUCUUGCACGGCCGAAUUCGUCACCUGCAACUAGGCAUUUUGAUGAUAAAACUCCAUUUCUUACCAGUUCAGUUCAUAUUGGUCGUUAUUUUGAUGAGGAUGAAAGGAAGCCCUUAGAUGGGGGUUUUGCCCCUCGUAGAACUAUUACUGAUGAGAGUUUAGGGGUUCCAGCUAGUCAUCUGGAGAUGAAGCCGGAGUCUGUUUAUGCAGGGAGGGUUUCGGGUCAAUAUGUGUUAGCUCCUGUAGCUCCAAUGUCGAGUGGUUCGCGGAAUCUCUACUCUACUCGAGUGUCUGAGGCUGCUGUGAUUGGCCUGAGUUCUCAGAGUUCUGGGGGUAACCAUAGGCAGGCUUCUUCUGGGUUGUAUCCUAAUGCAUGGGCAGCUAGGAAGGUGAUGACUGUGAGUGUUGCUAGUGGUGAACAAAGCGCUGUCUCAAAGUUGGCUAAUGCUAGUGCUAUUGGCAAGGUUUCCUCAGGUCGAUGGCAGUCAAAGCAAUCUGUUCUGUAUCAGAAAGAUGUUGAUGUUAAACACUCGGAAACAGAAAAUGGCUUGCAUCUCCAGGGUUAUGAUGAUAAGACAUACAUCAGAAUGAUUGCUGUGGUUGGGAGGGAGUAUUCUGAUGUGAUGUUGGCAAGGCAGGUUGAAAGGGGACUGAACAUUAAAGAUGGAGUUCAGGUUAGUAGAAAGGCGUUACCAGACUACGAGACGAGCCAUUUUCCUAACUAUUCGGAAGUUAAAGAAAAUAAAUCAGUAACUUACAGUGAAGGAACUCAAUCAAUUCGUGCAGAUGGCAAAUUUGGCAGUUCUAAGUCGCCUGUUGAUGUAUCUGAGCGGCCGAAGUUGAAGUUACUUCCUCGCACCAAGCCAUUGGAUAAUCUAGAAUCGUCUGUUGUUGAUGCUAAACAGGAGCAGCAGUGGUCAAUUGAUUCUGUUAUUGGUCAUGGUGGAAUUGGUAAUGAUUCAUAUGGACAUGUGAAUAUUUCAAAACCUGGUUCAGCUGGCAGUGAGAAUGGGAACCAGACAGUGGAGCGUCCUAAACUGAAUUUCAAGCCUUGUUCACAGCCCACUGAAGAAUUGAAGGGUAACAUUGAGAAGGAAAGAAGUGUGUUGUUUGGUGGUGCUCGUCCACGAGAACUGGUUCUGAAGGAGCGAGGGAUUGAUGACAACAGUCAUGAGCCGGGCCAAUGUCCUGAUAGGGUCAAACAUAAUGUUCUAAGGAUUGAAAAGGUUGCUGAGCAAGCAGCUCCUCGCCAUGGUGAAAGAGUUGGGAAUCCUGUUGAUCAGGGAGCUGGAUGAAAAUCUGAGAGGAAAAUAUCUGAGAGGAACCAUGGCGUUCACAAAGAAAGAGUUGAUAUGCAGAGGAGGAAUUGGCGUAAUGAAAACCGGCAUAAUGACAGGGAAACCGAAAGACGGCAGCAGAAGAGACAGCCUUCACCUAAAACCUGGCGUAAACCUGCCCAAAUAGAGCCUAAACUAGUCUCUCCUGAAGCUGCUGGUGUGCGCUAUGGAAAAGCAGCAUCAGCAUUGGAGCUUUCUCAAGCCUUUUCCAAACCAUUCUCGGAUCAGAAAAUAGAUGAUCGACAUGUUGGACAAAGGGUUCUUCCCGGCCAUGCCCAAUGCCUUUUCUCGACUGAUGGGUCCAACUCCAAGGCCUCAGAUAAAUGGCUACUAAAUUUGAGAGGGUUGUUACCUUAACCGGAGUCCAUUGUGUCACCAGUAACUACCUAAAUGGUUUUAGGAUGUCAUUGGUUGUAGUUAUGCUGCAUGACUUCACGAUUUCAUGCAGUUGAUUUCUUUUUUUUCAUUUAAAAGAAAAUUUUAGAUCAACUGGCACUCCAAAUCAAUUGCAAUGCCCUUUCAUUUUU